AUGGCGCCUUGCUGCAAGUCUCUGGUGCGUUAUCGUCCGGGAUAUCUUGAGGUUCGCUUUUCUUGUCCAGUCUGUCGACAAAAUGACCUACCAGGACAUAUCAAGUCAGCUACCAGCCCUUGCCCUGUCUGCACGCAGUGCCCAAGCUGUUUGCAGAGAACCCCAGAAAACCCAGGUGGUGCAGCUCCAACUACAAUUUCAGCAGUACCACCAACUAGGACAACUCUAGAAAACCGAGGUGGUGCAGCUCCAACUACAAUUCCAGCUGUGCCUCAAGCUAUGGCAACUCCAGAAAACCCAAGUGGUCCAGCUCCAACUACAAUUCCAGCAGUACCACCAACUAUGACAACUGUAGGGAACUCAGGAGCUCCAGUUAAACAGCUUCUCAUCCAAAUCGAACCACCGGAUCCUUACGGCUUGGUAACCCAUACCAUUAUUUUCCCUAACCUUUUUGAGUUGACUGAGAAGCUGUUGAGGUACCUUGACGAGGAAAGAGACCCAAGUCUUAAACCUUUCAAUUAUCCUCAGUUAAUGGCCGAAAAGAGUGUCGAGGAGACAGCGGAAGAGCUAGUCAGCUUCAUUAAUCCUGAGAUUAAAGAGCUACAGGGUGAAACCAUUACAGCCCUUCGACUUCUACAACUGGAGAAUCUCCAGUCCGAAAGUUCGAUAAAUUGGGAAGUAGAUGGUGGAUAUCUGGAUUUCAUCACGGACGACCGUAAUCCAGCCUAUUUUCGUUCUUACGUGGGACAAUCGAAUUUUCCAAAACGGCGUAAGAACUACCAUAUCAACGCAAUCCUUGCAAAUUAUGAUUCCGCCCUUCAUUACCACGUGCCCAUAAAGGGAUAUGGCCACCGCCAUCCUAAUUUCAUCCAGCUCUGGAAAACCGGUCCAGAUCAAGUGGGUGAAUUCUACGAUCAGACUCUCCUCAUAUUAGUGAAAAAUAUUCUCGAGAUGGUCCCAUGCAUGGCAUUUCAGACUCUGCCUCCUACGAUACUGAAAGAGUACUUCGAGCUAGAAAAUGUUCAAAACUCUACAAUGCUAGGACUGAAUAUCGUGCCUCCGCUGUACCAGACUGUCUCAUUAGGCCAAGAAGUACGGCGGAGCUUUACGAUACUUUGUGAGGAGUCGGUGGAUCUUGAUAUCAAAGCCUGGCCUACUAUUCGCUCCAGCCAACAAAAGAAGCGCUGGGAUACAGAUAAGACGCCUCAUGUCAUUACCAACGAGGAUUACGUCGAGGCUGUGAAAACAGGGACAAAAGUGAACCGCCUUCUUUCUCGGCUGGUUAUCCCUGGUGAGAAUACUUCACCUGUCCGGAAGGAUGGUAAUAUUGAGGAAUGGUUCAUCGGGCUCUGCAAUGGCCUCGAAACCACACUAUCAGAUGAAACGACUCGACGAAUUCCCUUUGGCUCAUUAGAGGCUAAGAUUGGCGUGGUUUUUGACCAGGUUUACCAAAAGGAGGGGAUGGAUGAAUCAACGGGUUUGCCAUAUGGGAUCAAGCAGUCUGGUUUUAAUGAGACCAAUAUUUUAGCUUGGCCGUGGAGUUUCCGUCAAUAUACAAGCGCCGAUGCAUGUCGCCCAAUCAAUUCAAUUACUCGGACAGAACUUGUCUUAGUCAGAAAUUAUACGAAAGAUUUGAUUGCACGAAGCCGUCUACAAGUGAUUAUCCUCUGCGGUAACAAUCCGGUUGGAAUUAUCCUGACUGAACAUCUGAAGGAACGCCGAAUCAAUAUUGCCUUGCCUUAUGGUACAAUCGAAGCGUACGUCGAAACAAUGGACGGAAUCAAUAUUCAACGCCUCUAUCUGAAAUGUCCAACUUCAAUGUUACAUGUGCUCACAGCUCGAUUCGCAUCCCGAUGCCCAACAGAGUUCAGGGCCAUAACAAAUACCCCAGUGCAUCUCGUUGCUCCUCGAAAGAAGGGUGGGCCGAGACGGUUCGCCUCCAAGCAACAGAUUGAGGAAAUUAAAGAUCUUUAUCGGAGCAUGUCUGCCCAAGAUCCCGAAGAUGCGAUUGUUGAGCCAGUAUCAGCAGAGAAUUCUCCGAGAAUUCACAGUUUGGUACCCACUUUAGCAGAUAGCAUUCAAGGUGAAGAAGAUGGUCCCACAAACCAACUCAUACCAACAGCGUGUAGUCAAUAUCAAGAUACCUCGACCCUUGAUACGCACUACAAGGAGUACGACUCUCAAGAUAGUGAAACCGAAGACGCCCAUGGAAGCAACGAAUUUGAAAACUUUCAAAUUGGGGGCGUCGACGUCGGGAAGCUUGAUCAAGCACUUGAAUUGGCCGAAGAGAUUACUUCAACCAUGGAAGACGUUACUAUCACUAUCAACGAACAAGGACAAUCCUGCAUCGAUCUAGUCUCAAAACCCAGAUCCAAAUCUGGUCACUCGAUUCGACGUUGGUCUAGCAACGGACCAUCGAACAUACAUGUCAGACGGACUAUAGCCAGUCUUCAAACAGGACGUGAGUAUCCUGAUCGCUGGAUAGUACCUGAACCCACGGUGGGGACUGCUCGCAAUUCCUAUAAACCAACAAAAGAAAGGAACCCCAAAUAUACCAUCCUGAUUCACUCAACGAUGAGAUUAAUUAUAACAGAUGCACCAAUGGAGGGGCAAAGAGGCAACGCAUUAGUGAAAUUUGAGUUCGCAGAAGGCCGACAUGACAACGUUUGGGCAUUACGAGCUUUGGAUACUGACCCAUGCCGCCGUCUUGCAAUCCGGGUGACGCUUACAUAUGAGGAUGGGAGCACGCGUACCUUCUAUCCUCAAUCCAAUUCAGAAUGCGACCCCUAUAAAGCCAAUUCGGUUGUGGACUGGGUGAAUGGAGAUAACGAUGAUAUAAUAGCAUCCAGGCCACGAAGAUUUAUUUUUAUUCAAAGUCAGAUGACCGACGUUCCACCAGCCCUGCAAAAAUUCGUAUUGGGUGGUUAUACAGAUAAUUUGGGGCAGUACUUUAAAAAAUUCUCUCGAGGGAAGAAGAGAAAGUUGGGUGAGACCAGUUGA